UUUACAUGUAUCUUCAUAUGUCCUAAAAAAAUGCUGAAUACAUGUCCCCUCCUUCGUCCAGGCGUUGCUCAGCUACCGCCCACCUCUUCCUCCUUCUCCCCACAGUGGAGAAGGAAGAGCCCAGUCGAAUGAACAACAACCCGGACACAGAGGAAGUUGCAUAGCGUGUGAAUGGAGCCGUGUGCGAGUACGGCCUCCCUGCUGGCCUCCGUGCGGGAGCAGGAGAGGCAGUUUGAGAUGCUGAGCCAAGCUCUCGAGGAGGAGCGGAGGUCGUGCGCCGGCACCCUGCCCCGCCCGUUUCCAAACAUUCAGAACGGUCGUGUUCCUUGUGAUGCGGACAUAGAAAGGCUGACACUUAACGAGGGUUACGUCAACGGGACACAUCAUUUUAGGAUGGAACCUGGUCAGAUGGUAGAGGAGACUUACACCAUGGUGGAGAAGGAGUCCACACCCGUCGUCUCUGUGGAGACCAACGAUGAUGGCACCACGCGACGCACAGAAACCACGGUAAAACAAGUAAUAAAGCCCACUGCCACUCGCACAGUCAUUCCCUCCAUAUCAGACACGCUUUCCUUGGAUGGUGGAGGAUCAGCAGUGGGUAUGGGAGCCUACAUCCCACCCAUGGCAGGCGGCUACAGGCAGGCACCUGGAGUAGGUGUACCCAUGGAAUACCCCACCCACACUGUCCCUCGAAACUACCACUAUGGACCACCAGGUGGCUAUGAGGACUAUAUCCCUGGACCCCCUACGGAAACAUAUGCGAGCCUCAACCGGGGUGCUCAAAUGGAUGAUCGCUACAGACCAGUCCAUGGAGAUGGCUAUAGAACCUUGGAUCCAAGCUACAGAGCCCCCAGCAGGAACCAGCUGGACCCAUAUGCAGCUCAGCCUCAGGUUGGGCGAAUGGGAAGCGCAGUAGAGCUCUCCUCCAUCCCAAGGUUUGUCCCAGAACCAUAUGGUCUGGAAGAUGAUGGGCGCAGCAUGGGCUAUGAUGAGCCUGACUACGGCAUGGGGCAUCCCAUGCAUUACAGCACAGUUCCGCGUAACCACCAGGGAUUCCCCCAAGGCCCACCACGUAGGGCUGGGAGUUACGAGGGCACAUUGGAUGGUGAUAUGAGUGGUCCAGGGGCCAUGUACUACUGGGGGGGGGCUCCUGUGGCACAGGGUGAAAGAGGAAGCAUGGCUUCACUGGACAGCACCCUGAGGAAAGGCCCAGGCCCACCUGGUGGGUGGCGUCAGCCAGAGCUGCCUGAAGUUAUCGCAAUGCUCAACUACCGCUUAGAUCCAGUCCGGAGCAAUGCUGCUGCGUACCUGCAACAUCUUACUUUUAAGAAUGACAAAGUGAAGUCUGAGGUUCGUCGUCUGAAAGGCAUCCCAGCGCUGGUCUCUAUGCUGGACAACCCUAACAAAGAGGUUCACUAUGCAGCCUGCGGAGCGCUGAAGAACAUUUCGUAUGGGAAAGAUCAGGACAACAAAAUUGCCAUCAAGAACUGCGACGGAGUGCCUGCACUAAUUAGGCUUCUCAGGAAGACCCGUGACCAAGACCUCACUGACAUCAUUACAGGGACACUUUGGAACCUGUCAUCACAUGACUCUGUAAAAAUGGAGAUUGUGGACCACGCAUUGCACGCUCUUUCCGACGAGGUAAUGGUGCCUCGCUCAGGCUGGGAGCGCGGGAGCAACGGUGGCGGAGGGGAGGAAAACUGCAAGCCACGUCACCUGGAGUGGGAGACGGCACUCACGAACACAGCCGGCUGCCUGAGAAAUGUGAGUUCAGAGCGAAGUGAAGCGCGGCGAAAGCUGAGAGAGUGCACUGGAUUGGUGGAUUCUCUCAUGUACAUUGUCCAAUCCCAAAUUGACUGUAAAGAUGUGGACAAUAAGCUGAUAGAGAACAGUGUGUGUCUGCUGAGAAACCUAUCCUUUCACGUUCAUCGCGAAAUCCCUGGCUGUGAGCGCUACCAGGAAGCAGCACCUGUCAACCAGGGCCCUGCCUCGUCCAGCCAAAAGGCCGGUUGUUUCAGCGCCCGAAAGAGUAAAGAUGAGUGGUUUUCUAAAGGAAAGAAAGAUGAAGACACAGCUGCCGACACUAUAGACAUUCCAAAAAGGACCACACCUGUUAAAGGCUACGAGCUGUUGUUCCAGCCAGAGGUGGUACGCAUCUAUACUUCUCUGUUGAAGGAGUCUAAGAACCCCACAGUGCUGGAGGCCUCAGCUGGAGCUGUACAGAAUCUUUCUGCUGGACGCUGGACAUAUGGCAGAUACAUCCGUGCCCUGCUGCGCCAGGAGAAAGGCCUACCCAUGAUGACGGAGCUACUGGGCCAUGACAAUGACAGAGUUGUACGAGCCAUGUCUGGGGCCCUCCGCAACCUGGCGAUUGAUUCUCGUAACAAAGAUCUACUUGGCAAACAUGCAGUGCCCAAUUUAGUGGCCAACCUGCCUGGUGGAGGUCAGAGUCAGCCUGUGCGAGCGCUAUCGGAGGCAACAGUGGUGUCGGUGUUGAGCACGCUCCAAGAGGUGCUUGGCUCAAGUGUGGAAGCAGUAAAGACUCUCAGAGCCUCGCAAGGAAUCGAGAGGCUAGUCCUCAUCAACAAGGACGGUAAUCGUUCUGAGAGGGAAGUGCGCGGGGCUGGUCUAAUAUUACAGACUGUGUGGGGCUACAAGGAGCUGCGGCGCACUUUAGAGAAGGAUGGAUGGAAGAAAACUGACUUCAUGGUCAGCCUAAAUCCUCCCAGCGACAACACCAGGGCCAACGGAGGAUAUGAAGACAGCACUCUGCCGCUCAUAGAUAAAGGGGGCAAAAGUGCACAAGAAAUGAUUCCAAUGAACGACAUGGGACCAGAUGCCUACUCCACACUGGACCAGAGAGGAAGGAAAGCUCUGGAUAACACCAUUGAGCCUGAUAAUAAAGUUGCAGUGCAGGGAGGGAAGUUUGGGGAAAGACAGGCCUCUUUGCCUCUAAUGGAUUCUUAUGAUGAAAAACUGAUGGUGUGCAUCACGAGACGACCGCCUCCUCUCACCAACUGCCCUUGCUGAACCGACCACGAGGGACCUGAACACUACAGAUGGGACAAACCACCACCAUUUUACUUCCGCUUCUUGCUCUUUACGACAUUCCUCCUUUUGCAGCUGACCAAGCCAAUAAAACACCUUAAAAACUAGAUAACUCAUGUUGCUAUGACAACAAGAUUGUGACACUAUGACCACUGCCCCCGGCCCCCCACACACUACACUAAGAAUGCAUCAAUCAGACCUUUCAACACUACAUAUCUGCUCCUCAUCUGGAAGACACUAAUGGACCUGCCAGGUUUGAGCAGACACUUGGACAUUUAAUCCGGGUGGAAUUGUACAUGAAUUCUCUCUUUAAUGGGCGACUACUACAAAAAAACCUUGAUCUGGAUUGUGGUUCUUGUUUUUGCUUUCGUGUUGUAUGACAUGUGCCAAAUGACAAUGCUGCCAUGACGCAAUUCUUUCUCAACAACUUUAAAAACCUUGCUACUUUGCUUUUUGGACAUCAUUUGUCUGUAAAAAUCCAUCGCUUGCUGCACUUUCUGCUUUUGUCAAAGGGAGGGCAGUUAGAUGUACUCUAAUAUAAAUAUAUCUAGUGCAGUGGUACCUUAGUUUUUGGCAGUGAUCCGUUAAAACGACAACCAGAAUAAUGUCAAUCAAAUUAAUCUGUUCCAGACAUGCAAAACUAUCACCACAUUUUAUACAGAAUAAUUAUAGUUUAUGUAGAAAACCAUGUGAAAUACAUAUAAAUGAUGAACGAAAUGUAUCACCUUUACCUUUAUUAAAGACUCUGAAGGUAUCUAUAAUAUUUUUCUUGAAUUCAGUAGUGUUCCUCACUUUGUUUAUCAAAGUUCUGGCUCUCACUACUUUCUUUGGCCCAGUAGUGGAUUAUGACAGAGUCACCAAAGCGUGGAAUUCUUCCUUCGGGUACUCAAUUUCCCGGGGAAAUUGAUUUGUUUAAGUGCAAUGUUUGGCCACACGCUAACCGAGACACUGUACAAAAAUGUGUCGAAGUCCGAAUCACAUAAAAGUGGGGUGUACGAAAACCGAGGUACCACUGUUAUGGCUAAAAUAUGUGUAUAUGUAUACUUAAAUUUGAAAUCCCAUAAUCUGUACUGUUUUUAAAACAGCGGUCUAAUUGGAGUGCCUUGCUUACUCAGGACAGCUAUUACGGGCGUGUCAUUAAACCUCGCCGUCACGUGGAAUGCUUUGAGAUUAGUCUGUUUUUUAGGCAGGAUUCUUGUCAAAACUCGCCUUCAUAACAGAAAGGUCUUGCCCCCCCGCCCCCCCGCCCCCCCCCUCCAUAUUCUCUCAUCGUUUGGAGGGCGACAAGCUGUAGUGCAACAUAAGAUGUAGAUACUUAAUUGAAACGAGCAUGAGGUCGUGUUUGCUUUCACUUUUUUUCACACCGACAGCCUGCUUUCCAACUUUGCUUUCAAUGAUGGACUUAACCGAGCAGGGGAUUGAUUUGUUUUGUCUCAGGAGCCGCAGACAUUUGCUUAUAGAAAUACGAGAAAAAAUAAAGCACAUUUAAACUCUAUAUAUCAGAGAAUAUUUGUUAAAUUUAUGGCUUUAUGUAUUUUUUUAUAUAUUGAUUUGGGCUUAAUUUCUUUUUGGUGUUGGGUGUGAACGCAUAUGCAAUCAGUUUAUAUGUUCUGCUAUGUUAGAUGUGUCUUAAUUAAAAGUUUCCUAAAAAUCCAACUUGCCUGGUAAAACAAAAACAGAGACAAACUACACUUAAGUCUGCCUUGGCUCUUAAAGUUGCACAUUUUCAUUUAUGAAUGAAUUAUGUAACUAGCAAUACUGUUUUUAAUAAAAAAGAAAAUGUUUUGUUUUUUAAA